AUGGCUCCCGAGAGCGAUUCAUCUGGGCAACCAGUCAUGGACCCUGAGUGGGCAGCUGAGAGCAAUCUUACUCGGAUUCUUGCCAUCUCCGCUAUUGUGCAUGUUAUUACUGCCAUUGUUGUUGGCCUAAGGCUCUACGCGCGAGUGUUUGUAUUGCGCAAACCCGCAAUAGAUGACAUAUUCAUCGUAGGAGCAUAUUUUGGUGGACUGGCAGAAUUGGUAUCAUUCAUCGUUGGGGGCUACCAUGGCCUUGGACGCCAUCAACAAACCCUAUCAGUGGCCGAUCUUGCAGGCAUCGACCAUGCUGUCUACGUCCAAUCCAUAAUCGCAGCCAUCAUUGGUUUCGCACUACUGAAAGUAUCAAUCGCGAUUUUUCUGCUCCGGCUGGGCAAGAACACCACCUGGUUCAGCCGUACCUUGUGGGUGACAAUAGCAUUCAUCGCAGUGUAUACCCUGUUCGCAUUCUUCAGUUUCACAUUCCGAUGCUGGCCUAUAUCUGGGGUAUGGAACAAAACCAUCAACGCCAAAUGCUACUCAUGGACUUUCUUUGUCGCGUGCAACAUGUUCACUGACAUUGUUUUCGCGACUAUACCUAUACCAAUCAUCUGGAGUCUGCAGAUGUCACGGCGAACACGUUUGGGGUUGAUCGGGCUGUUAAGCGUAGGUUGGCUUGCAGCUUCCAUGGGUAUUCCAAAGGCCUAUUACCAGUUCGCAUCGUCGACGAUGGUAGACCAGACUUUCGAUCAAAGCAUGAACUUUUGGGGAAACAUGCAAAUGCACAUGGGCAUCAUUGCAGCCUCGGUACCCUGCCUCAAGCCGCUCUUCAAGAAGAGCUCGAGCUCAACCAGCAACAACAACAACAACCAGUACGAUGACAUCGAACGGCCCCCAACGUACGGCAGUGGAAGGCCAAGCAAGCGUCGCAGGACCUUUUUGACGACGAACGGAACACUGAAUGGCAACGAGGAUUUCGAAUUGACAUCUAGAAGUAGCGUACGAGAGAGUGUGCUAGGAAACUUCUCGACUUCAGGCCAGGGCAAGAAGAAAGCUGUCUACAGCGUCACUGAGGAGCGAGUUGGAAGCGAGGACAACAUCCUCGACGACAAGGAGGAUCUGAGGGGCAUCAUGCGCACAAGGGAAGUGACUGUUCAACAUACAGAAAAGCCAGACCAGAGGUGA